CCCGCCGUCCGGCGCCAUGGCGCGCAGGGCCCCGAGCGCCCGCGAGUCCCGGUAGCCGGCGGCGACCUCGGCCCCAUGGAGCCGCACGUGCUCGGCGCCGCGCUCUACUGGCUGCUGCUGCCUGGCUCGCUGCUGGCCGCCGCCCUGCUGCGCGUGAAUGCACUCUCGCUGGUCUACCUGCUGCUCCUGCUGCUCCUGCCAUGGCUACCCGGCCCCGCGAGGCACAGCGUGCGAGGGCAUGCGAUCCGCCUCCUGCGCGCCCUGCUGAGCCUCAGCCUGCUCUUCCUGGUGGCACACUUGGCCUUUCAGAUAAUCCUGCACACCGUGCCCAGCCUGGACCAGCUUCUGGGGCCCAACUGUGGCCCCUGGGAGACCGUCUCUCGACACAUUGGGGUCACAAGGCUGGACCUGAAGGACAUCCCCAACACCAUCCGCCUGGUGGCCCCUGACCUGGGCGUUCUGGUGGUGUCGUCCAUCUGCCUUGGCCUGUGUGGGCGCCGAAGGAGGAGUGCUCAGGAGCCGCAGGAUGACGCCGAGAGGGACUCGGACACCAGGCCCCCAGCGGGGCUGCAGGAAGUCCCCGAGCUGGCCCCCAAGCCCAGGACAUGGCUGAGUUCCCGCUUCUGGGUCACGGCGCACUGGCUGCUGGUGGCCGCGGGGCGGACCCUGGCUGUCAUGCUCCUGGCGCUGGCAGGCAUCGCCCACCCCUCGGCCUUCUCCAGUGUCUACCUGCUGGUCUUCCUGGGCAUCUGCACCUGGUGGGCCUGCCACUUCCCCAUCAGCCCUCUGGGCUUCAGUACCCUCUGUGUCGUGGUGGGCUGCUUUGGUGCCGGCCAUCUCAUCUGCCUCUACUGCUACCAGACACCCUUUGUCCAGGCUGCGCUCCCACCUGCCAGUGUCUGGGCCAGGGUGUUCGGUCUCAAGGACUUCAUGGGCCCCACCAACUGCUCCAGCCCCCACACGCUGGUCCUCAACACCAGCCACGACUGGCCGGUGUACGUGAGCCCAGGCGUCCUGCUGCUGCUCUAUUACACACUCAUCUCCCUCCUGAAGCUCCGGCAGCGGAGGCCUGUGGGCCAGAGAAAGGAAGCGGCUAGGGCAGAUGAGGGGCCCGAGCUGGAGCUGGACCAGCUGGAGCAGGGGCCCCGGGGCCCAGACAGGGCCACCCAGGAUGGGGAGGCCACACAGCACAUGAUCCCCACGUUCACGGGGCCUGACACCGAGGCUGAGAACUGCAUCGUGCACGACCUGACCAGCCAGAGCCCCAGCCGGCAGAGUCCCUUGAGUCCCAGGCUGGCUGAGCCAAGAGAGAAUUCCCCAUUUCACGGCCUGGGCCACCUCAUCAUGGACCAGAGCUAUGUGUGUGCCCUCAUUGCCAUGAUGGUUUGGAGCAUCACCUACCACAGCUGGCUGACCUUCGUGCUGCUGCUGUGGGCCUGCCUCAUCUGGACGGUGCGCAGCCGCCACCAGCUGGCCAUCUUGUGUGCACCCUGCAUCCUGCUGUACGGGUUGGCGCUCUGCUGCCUGCGCUAUGUGUGGGCCAUGGACCUGCGGCCUGAGCUGCCCACCACCCUGGGCCCCAUCAGCCUGCGCCAGCUGGGGCUGGAGCACACUCGCUACCCCUGCCUGGACCUCGGCACCAUGCUGCUCUACACCCUGACCUUCUGGCUGCUGCUUCGCCGCUUCGUGAAGGAGAAGCUGCUGAGGAAGACCCAGGCGCCUGCGGCGCUGCUGGAGGUGGCCGUGGCAGAUGCAGAGCCCACGCACGCGCAGACGCAGACUCUACUCCGGAGCCUGGGGGAGCUGGUCACCGGCAUCUAUGCCAAGUACUGGAUCUACGUGUGCGCCGGCAUGUUCAUUGUGGUCAGCUUCGCCGGCCGCCUGGUGGUCUACAAGAUCGUCUACAUGUUCCUCUUCCUGCUGUGCCUCACUCUCUUCCAGGUCUACUACAGCCUGUGGCGGAAGCUGCUCAAGGCCUUCUGGUGGUUUGUGGUGGCCUACACCAUGCUGGUGCUCAUCGCUGUCUAUACCUUCCAGUUCCAAGACUUCCCUGCCUACUGGCGUAACCUCACAGGCUUCACGGAUGAGCAGCUGGGGGACCUGGGCCUGGAGCAGUUCAGCGUGUCGGAGCUCUUCUCCAGCAUCCUCAUCCCUGGCUUCUUCCUGCUCGCCUGCAUCCUGCAGCUGCACUACUUCCACCAGCCCUUCAUGCAGCUCACUGACCUAGAACACGUGUCCCCGCCCAGUGCCCGGCGCCCCCGCUGGGCUCACAGGCAGGACACCGUGAGUGAGGCACCCCUGCUGCAGCAGCCCGAGGAGGAGGAGGAGGAGGAGGAGGAGGAGGAGGAGGAGGAGCUGCACACCAGCAGGUGCCAGGCCACACAGGUCCCUGAAGGUGCAGCCAGCAAGUGGGGCCUAGUGGCCGAGCGGCUGCUGGAGCUGGCUGCCGGCUUGUCGGACGUCCUGACCCGCGUGCAGGUGUUUGUGCGCCGCCUGCUGGAGCUGCACAUCUUCAAGCUGGUGGCUCUGUACACCGUCUGGGUGGCCCUGAAGGAGGUGUCAGUGAUGAACCUGCUGCUGGUGGUCCUGUGGGCCUUCGCCCUGCCCUACCCGCGCUUCCGGCCCAUGGCCUCCUGCCUCUCCACCGUGUGGACCUGCAUCAUCAUUGUGUGUAAGAUGCUGUACCAGCUCAAGGUCGUCAACCCGCAGGACUAUGCCAGCAACUGCACUGAGCCCCUGCCCAACAGCACCAACCUCCAGGCGGCAGAGAUCCGCCAGUCACUGCUGUACCGCGGCCCCGUUGACCCUGCCAACUGGUUCGGGGUGCGGAAGGGCUUCCCCAACCUGGGUUACAUCCAGAACCACCUGCAGAUCCUCCUACUGCUGGUGUUCGAGGCUAUGGUGUAUCGGCGGCAGGAGCACUACCGCCGGCAGCACCAGCGCGCUCCGCUGCCUGCCCAGGCCGUGUGUGCGGAUGGCACCCGCCAGCGGCUCGACCAGGACCUGCUCAGCUGCCUCAAGUACUUCGUCAACUUUUUCUUCUACAAAUUUGGGCUAGAGACCUGCUUCCUGAUGGCCGUGAACGUGAUUGGGCAGCGCAUGGACUUCAUGGUCAUCCUGCACGGCUGCUGGCUGGUGGCCAUCCUCACUCGCCGGCGCCGUGAGGCCAUCGCCCGCCUCUGGCCCAACUACUGCCUCUUCCUCAUGCUCUUCCUGCUGUACCAAUACCUGCUGUGCUUGGGCAUGCCCCCAGCCCUGUGCGUUGACUACCCAUGGCGCUGGAGCCGGGCCAUCCCCAUGAACUCUGCCCUUAUCAAGUGGCUCUACCUGCCGGACUUCUUCAGGGCCCCGAACUCCACCAACCUCAUCAGUGACUUCCUGCUGCUGCUCUGCGCCUCCCAGCAGUGGCAGGUGUUCUCGGCCGAGCACAACGAGGAGUGGCAGUGGAUGGCCGGCGUCAACACCGACGUCCUGGAGCUGCCGCGGGGCGAGCCCAACCCCGUGCCCAACUUCAUCCACUGCAGGUCCUACCUGGAUAUGCUGAAGGUGGCUGUGUUCCGCUACCUGUUCUGGCUGGUGCUGGUGGUGGUGUUCGUCACCGGUGCCACCCGCAUCAGUGUCUUCGGGCUGGGCUAUCUGUUGGCCUGCUUCUACCUGCUGCUCUUCGGUACGGCGCUGCUGCAGAAGGACACGCGGGCCCGCCUUGUGCUGUGGGACUGCCUCAUCCUCUACAAUGUCACAGUUAUCGUCUCCAAGAACAUGCUCUCGCUCCUGUCCUGUGUCUUUGUGGAGCAAAUGCAGACCAGCUUCUGCUGGGUCAUCCAGCUCUUCAGCCUCGUGUGCACAGUCAAGGGUUACUAUGAUCCCAAGGCGAUGGUGACCAAGGACCAGGACUGCCGGCUGCCUGUGGAGGAGGCCGGCAUCAUCUGGGACAGCGCCUGCUUCUUCUUUCUGCUGCUGCAGCGACGCAUCUUCCUCAGCCCCUACUUCCUGCACGUUGGCGCUGAGCUGCGGGCCACAGCCCUGCAGGCCUCCAGGGGCUUCGCACUCUACAACGCGGCCAGUCUCAAGAGCAUCGAAGCCCACCGCAAGGCAGAGGAGAAGUCGCUGGCACAGCUAAAGAGACAGAUGAUGCGAAUCCGUGCCAAGCAGGAGAAGCACAGGCAGAGUCGUGCCAGCUGCAGCCACCCCCAGGCCCUGGGCCCCGAGGACCCCAACCAGGAGCCAGGCCCCAGCAGCCCGGGGGUCUCCUCCCCGCCACAAAGACAGUGGUGGCGGCCCUGGCUGGACCAUGCCACAGUCAUUCACUCCGGGGACUACUUCCUCUUUGAGUCUGACAGUGAAGAGGAGGAAGAAGCCAUGCCCGAGGACUCCAGACCGUUGGCACAGAGCGCCUUCCAGAUGGCUUACCAGGCGUGGGUGACGGAUGCCCAGAUGGUGCUGAGGCAGCGGCGGGAGCAGGAACGGGCGCGGGCACAGCAGGAGGGGGCAGGACAGCUGUCCGCCGGAGGAGGCCCGAGCCAGGAAGUGGAGGCAGGGGCGGCCACGGAAGAUGAGGAUGAGGUGGCAGGCCACAGCCACAUGAUGCAGCGCGUGCUGAGCACCGUGCAGUUCCUCUGGGUGCUGGGCCAGGCCUCGGUGGAUGGGCUGACGAGCUGGCUGCUGACCUUCACGCGGCAUCACCGCAACAUGAGUGACGUGCUGCGUGCGGAGCGCUACCUGCUCACGCAGGAGCUGCUGCGGGGCGGGGAGGUGCACCGCAGCGUGCUGGACCAGCUGUAUGACGAUGAGGCCGCAGCCGCACUGCCGGGUUCCCCGGAGCUCGGCGACAGACCCAGCACUGUGUCCAGUGGGCUGGGGGCCGAGGAGCCCCUGAGCAGCGUGACGGAUGACACCAGCAGCCCCCUGAGCACGGGCUACAACACCCAAAGCGGCAGCGAGGAGAUCGUCAUGGAGACUGGGGACCUCGAGGCCAAGGCAUCCCUGCUCGGCUCGCAGGAGCUUCCGGCCCGGAGGAGGAUGCGCACGGCCAGCGAGCUGCUGAGCCACAGGCGCCUGCACAUCCAGGAGCUGGAGGACGCCGAGAACUUUGUGGCGCAGCAGGGCCGGAUGCUGCGGCUUCUGCGAGCCAUGUACCAGAGUGUGGCGGCCCACUCGGAGCUGCUCUGCUACUUCAUCAUCAUCCUCAACCAUGUGGCCACCGCCUCGGCCGCCUCGCUGGUGCUGCCAGUGCUUGUCUUCCUGUGGGCCAUGCUGUCCAUCCCCAGGCCCAGCAAGCGCUUCUGGAUGACGGCCAUCGUCUUCACAGAGGUCACCGUGGUCACCAAGUACCUGUUCCAGUUCGGCUUCUUCCCCUGGAACAGCCACGCGGUGCUGCGGCGCCACGAGAACAAGCCCUACUUCCCACCGCGCAUCCUGGGCCUGGAGAAGACUGACGGCUACAUCAAGUACGACCUGGUGCAGCUCCUGGCGCUCUUCUUCCACCGCUCCCAGUUGCUGUGCUACGGCCUCUGGGACCACGAGGAGGACCAGCUCUCCAAGGAGCAGCGAGGGACCAGUGAAGGGAAGGACCUGGGCGCUGAGGAUCAGACCGAGGCAGACACAGGGCAGCAGGAGGGGCCAGGCGAGACCAGGGCCACCACCCAGGACCGUGUCCAGGAGGAUGUGAGGGUCGGGUCCGGGCACGGGGCCCCAGAGGCCCAAGUGGACCUUGAGCCCCAGGACACGAGGCGCAUCAGCCUGCGUUUUAGGAGGAAGAGGGAGUGUCCAGGACCCACGGGGGCAGUAGCCCACGGAGCUGGGGACAGGGAGGAAAGACAGGCAGCCGGGAGAAAGAGGCCGAGCCGUUGUCGAGAACAGAUGAAGGCAGCAGGGCGCCAGCUUCAGGGCUUCUGCCUGUCGCUGGCCCAAAGCAUUUACCAGCCCCUGCGGCACUUCUUCCAUGAUAUUCUGCACACCAAGUACCGGGCGGCCACCGACGUCUACGCACUCAUGUUCCUGGCUGACGUUGUCGACUUCAUCAUCAUCAUCUUUGGCUUCUGGGCCUUUGGGAAGCACUCGGCGGCCACGGACAUCACAUCCUCCUUGUCAGACGACCAGGUGCCGGAGGCCUUCCUGGUCAUGCUGCUGAUCCAGUUCGGCACCAUGGUGGUGGACCGCGCCCUCUACCUGCGCAAGACCGUGGUGGGCAAGCUGGCCUUCCAGGUGGUGCUGGUGCUGGCCAUCCACCUCUGGAUGUUCUUCAUCCUGCCAGCCGUCACUGAGAGGAUGUUCAGCCAGAAUGCGGUGGCCCAGCUGUGGUACUUCGUGAAGUGCAUCUACUUCGCCCUGUCCGCCUACCAGAUCCGCUGCGGCUACCCGACACGCAUCCUCGGCAACUUCCUCACCAAGAAGUACAACCACCUGAACCUCUUCCUCUUCCAGGGGUUCCGGCUGGUGCCCUUCUUGGUGGAGCUGCGGGCCGUCAUGGACUGGGUGUGGACAGACACCACCCUGUCCCUGUCCAACUGGAUGUGUGUGGAGGACAUCUACGCCAACAUCUUCAUCAUCAAGUGCAGCCGCGAGACAGAGAAGAAAUACCCGCAGCCCAAGGGCCAGAAGAAGAAGAAGAUUGUCAAGUACGGCAUGGGCGGCCUCAUCAUCCUCUUCCUCAUUGCCAUCAUCUGGUUCCCGCUGCUCUUCAUGUCCCUGGUGCGCUCCGUGGUUGGCGUUGUCAACCAGCCCAUCGAUGUCACUGUCACCCUCAAACUGGGUGGCUACGAGCCCCUGUUCACCAUGAGCGCCCAGCAGCCGUCCAUCGAGCCCUGCACGCCCGAGGCCUACGAGGAGCUGUCCCGGCAGUUCGACACCCACCCGCUGGCCAUGCAGUUCAUCAGCCAGUACAGCCCUGAGGACAUCGUCACCGCGCAAAUCGAGGGCAGCUCCGGGGCGCUGUGGCGCAUCAGCCCCCCGAGCCGGGCGCAGAUGAAGCGGGAGCUGUACAACGGCACGGCGGACAUCACUCUGCGCUUCACCUGGAACUUCCAGAGGGACCUGGCCAAGGGCAGCACCGUGGAGUACACCAACGAGAAGCACACGCUGGAGCUCGCCCCCAAUAGCACAGCGCGGCGGCAGCUGGCCCGCCUGCUGGAGGGCACCUCGGACCAGUCUGUCACCAUCCCCCACCUCUUCCCCAAGUAUAUCCGCGCCCCCAAUGGGCCUGAGGCCAGCCCUGUGAAGCAGCUACAGCCCAAUGAGGAGGCUGACUACCUCGGCGUGCGCAUCCAGCUGCGGAGGGAGCAGGUGGGCUCGGGGGCUGCGGGUUUCCUGGAGUGGUGGGUCAUCGAGCUGCAGGACUGCCGCGCUAACUGCAACCUGCUGCCCAUGGUCAUCUUCAGCGACAAGGUCAGCCCACCCAGCCUGGGCUUCCUGGCCGGCUACGGCAUCAUGGGGCUGUACGUGUCCAUCGUGCUGGUCAUCGGCAAGUUCGUGCGCGGCUUCUUCAGCGAGAUCUCGCACUCCAUCAUGUUCGAGGAGCUGCCCUGCGUGGACCGCAUCCUCAAGCUGUGCCAGGACAUCUUCCUGGUGCGGGAGACGCAGGAGCUGGGGCUAGAGGAGGAGCUGUACGCCAAGCUCAUCUUCCUGUACCGCUCACCAGAGACCAUGAUCAAGUGGACGCGUGAGAAGGAGUAG